GCCCCGGUGCUCGGAGCGGCCCAGGGCGGCUGGAGAGCCUGGGAGAGGAGAGCGACGCGGCGCCGCCGACACUUUUAGGUUUUGUGUUGCUCACCUGAAGAACCUUCAGAAUGAGCAGUCGACGGAAGCGUGCCCCUCCAGUCAGGGUGGAUGAGGAGAAGCAGCGACAACUCCGUUGGAAUAUGCACGAAGACCGAAAACAUGACGUGAUUAUCCUUGAUGAUGAUGAUGAUGAUGAUGAUGAUGAAGAACCUGUCCCAGGCCCAAGUUCCUCAUCUAUCCCUUUAAUUGUUAUAGAUGAUGAUAGUCCAGAGGAAGAAGAAGAACACAAGACCAAAAAAAGAUGUUCCAAGUCAGGGAGUUCAUUAACAGAGGAAGAGGAAACUGCCUGUAUUUUGCCGUCUUUAUUUGUCAAAUUAAAUAUUGUCAUUUCGCCUUAUCACCUAACUAAUUCCUGGAAAGCAUUUUUAGGUGAGCUAACUCUACAGCUUCUUGCUGAGGAGAUUUUAAUUGAAAGUUUUCAUGAAAGAAAGUUUACUUUAAUGACAGCAGAUUCAAGUGAUCAGUUGCAGAUCUCUGUUCAUCCAAAGUGUAAAGAGGUGGAAAACCAACAAGAAGGACUUGAAGAGCCUGACAGUGUUUCUGAAAAGAGUAUUUUGGUGGAAUCCUCCUUCAGUAAUGAAAUGUUAGAAGAUCUGAGAUGGCUGCAAAAGAAGAAAAUAAUAGAACUUUAUCACAGACCUGAAGGGAUUCAAACCAUCAAGGUUGGAAUAUAUCUCUUGGAAGCUGGCUUAGCCAAGCCUGAUUUUCUCAGUGAUGGAAGUGGAAGAAUAAAAAAGGCCAAUCAGCUGAUCCAGAAAUUAAUGGAAAAGUUUUACAACUUUAUAAUUCCAGAUAUUUUGGAGGAGGAUGAAGAAGAGUCUGAUAGUGAGCUGGAGAGACAGAACAUUGAGGAAUUAUAUGACUUUGUGAGACAUACGCACCAGCAAGAAGCUCAGUACCUACAAGAAGAUGUCCAGCAUCCUGCACUGAUUCCUGUACUGAGGCCAUACCAAAGUGAGGCUGUUAACUGGAUGCUGCUACGAGAACAUUUCAGAAACUCUCCUGCCAGUGAAAAUACCUUACAUUUCUUAUGGAGAGAGGUCAUUACAACAGAAGGGAUGAAAUUUUACUAUAAUCCAUUUACAGGCUGCAUCAUCCGGGAAUACCCAAAUGCUGGGCCACAGUGGCCUGGUGGCAUCUUAGCAGAUGAGAUGGGACUGGGGAAGACAGUGGAGGUUCUGGCUCUGAUUCUUUCACACACUCGACAAGAUGUCAAACAGGAUGUUCUAACACUGCCUGAGGGAAAACUGGUAAAUUACUUCAUACCUCCACAACCUGCUGAAGGAGGCAAAAAGAAGAAACUUAAGAUGAUGGAGUUUCAAUCUAAGGAAAAAGUACAGUACCCCAGUUUGCGUGUGAUGAUACUAGCAGCUGUGAAAGAAAUGAAUGUGAAGAAGGGAGCUUCCAUCAUUGCCAUCUUCAAGUAUGUCAGCACCAUAUACAGGUAUGAUGUACAGAGGAAUCGGCGGCUUCUGAAGAAGAAUUUGGAAAAAUUAAUUGCAGAACAAGUUGUGGAACAAGUCAAAGGUCAUGGCUUGGCUGGAUCUUUUAAACUGGGAAAGAAUUACAAGGAACAAAAGACAUGUGACAGAACUAAAAAACAGGUAACAAAGAGUCCUAGAAAGAGUCAGAAUAAACUUUCUGAUGAAGAAAAACAUCAAUCAGAGAGCAAUGACACAGUUUCUGAAAAUAAGGGAGAUAAAUCCCUAUCAUUAGACAUCACUGAGGAUGAGCAUAAUUAUUGUGAAGUCAAUAGAUACCAUGGCAGACUGAGGAAAAAACUUGACCGACACUUGAAUGAAAAACUUCAGUCUGAAGCUGAAGUGUUAAAUACUGCUGAUUUGCAAAGACACUGUCCAUCAUCCAGUGAUCACCCAAGUACUCAUGCUACUGUCUCUAAAACUACACCAAAUUCUGAAGAAGACAACAUGAAGGACCAGGUAUCUGAUUCUCAAGACCAUGCUGGUCGUGAGAUACUACAUGCCAAUUCUAUAAGUCCCUUCAAUACUUCUGAGUAUCGCUUUGAGUGUAUUUGUGGUGAACUUGGCCUAGUAGACUGUAAAGCCCGUGUUCAGUGUCUGAAAUGCCACCUGUGGCAACAUGCAGAAUGUGUGAACUACAAGGAGGAAAACUUGAAAAUUAAGCCUUUUUACUGCCCCCAUUGCCUAGUUGCAAUGAAACCAGUUUCCACAGGAGCAACUUUGAUCAUCUCUCCAAGCUCUAUCUGUCACCAGUGGGUGGAUGAAAUCAACAGACAUGUGAGAUCGUCUUCUCUUCAGGUCUUGGUGUAUCAAGGGGUGAAGAAACAUGGCUUCUUGCAGCCUCAUAUGUUGGCAGAGCAGGAUGUAGUUAUCACCACUUAUGAUGUCCUUCGGUCAGAAUUGAAUUAUGUAGAUAUCCCCCACAGCAACAGUGAGGAUGGGCGUCGCUUCCGCAAUCAGAAGCGGUAUAUGGCCAUACCAAGUCCCCUGGUAGCAGUAGAAUGGUGGAGGAUCUGUCUGGAUGAAGCUCAGAUGGUUGAGUGUACCACAGCAAAGGCUGCUGAAAUGGCCCUGCGCUUGAGUGGAAUCAAUCGCUGGUGUGUCAGUGGCACUCCAGUACAGAGAGGAUUAGAAGAUCUCUAUGGGUUAGUGCUAUUCCUUGGUGUUGAUCCAUAUUGGGUCAAACACUGGUGGGAUCAACUUCUGUAUCGUCCUUACUGCAGGAAAAAUCCUCAACCCCUCUACGACCUUAUUGCCAAGAUAAUGUGGAGGUCUGCAAAGAAGGAUGUAAUUGACCAAAUCCAGAUUCCCCCCCAGACAGAAGAUAUUCACUGGCUUCACUUUUCUCCAGUGGAAAGACAUUUCUAUCACCGUCAGCAUGAGGUGUGUUGUCAGGAUGCCCUGGCAAAGCUUAGAAAGAUAUCUGAUUGGGCUCUGAAACUCAGCAGCCUGGACAGGAGGACCGUCACAUCUAUUCUCUACCCGCUGUUGAGACUCAGACAGGCUUGCUGCCACCCACAGGCUGUUCGAGGAGAAUUCUUGCCACUGCAAAAAAGUACCAUGACCAUGGAAGAGUUGCUGACUUCACUGCAAAAGAAAUGUCGAACUGAAUGUGAAGAAGCACAUCGGCAACUGGUUUGUGCUCUUAAUGGCCUAGCUGGCAUCCAUAUCAUUAAAGAUGAGUAUGCCCAAGCAGUGGACCUAUACAGAGAAGUAUUACGUUCAUCUGAGGAACACAAAGACAAACUCAAAACUGAUUCAUUACAAAGACUUCAUUCUACACACAACCUGAUGGAAUUAUUACAAGCCAAACACCCAGGAAUACCUCCUACCUUGAGAGAUGGCAAACUUGAGGAAGAGGCCAAACAACUUAGACAGCAUUACAUGAGUAAAUCUAAUGCAGAGGUUGCAGAAGCCCAUCAAGCUUUACAGCCAGUUUUGCAGAACAUCCGGGAGCUUCAGAGGAAGAUUCGUUCAGGCUCACCUUGGUGGCUAGAUGUGAUCCAAUCAGCAAUUCAAUAUGCUAUUGAUGAGGACCUUGUUCAGCGUGUGCAGAAUGAAAUAACCAGCAACUACAAGCAACAAACUAGUAAACUUUCCAUGGCGGAAAAGUUCCGGGACUGCAGAGGUCUUCAGUACUUACUCACAACACAAAUGGAAGAGCUAAAGAAAUUCCAGAAACUUGUGAGAGAGGCCGUGAAGAACCUGGAGGGACCUCCGUCCCGUGAUGUCAUUGAAGCUGCCACGAUCUGCCACCUUCGACCUGUCAGACUGCCCCUCAACAACUGUGUCUUUUGCAAAGCUGAUGAAUUGUUCACAGAGUAUGAGUCGAAGCUAUUUUCUCACACGGUGAAAGGCCAAACUGCAAUUUUUGAGGAGAUGAUAGAAGAUGAAGAAGGCCUGGUGGAUGAUCGGCUGCCUACCACAAGCCGAGGACUGUGGGCAACAAGUGAGACAGAGCGCUCUUUGAAAGCAAUCCUGUCUUUUGCCAAAGCACACCGACUAGACUUCAGUCUCAUUGAGGAAGGGAAUACUUCAAUGGAACUCUUUGAAGUGUGGAAGAAGGAAUACAAGUUGCUUCAUGAAUAUUGGAUGGUUCUGAGAGACCACGUGUCUGCUAUUGAUGAACUUGCAAUGGCUACAGAACGUCUAAGAGUACGGCAUCCUGAUGAACCAAAGCCCAAUCCUCCUGUUCUUCACAUAAUUGAACCUCAUGAAGUGGAACAAAAUCGAGUAAAGCUACUGAAUGACAAGGCAGUUGCCAAAUCCCAGCUUCAGAAGAAACUUGGCCAGCUUCUCUACCUUACUAAUUUGGAAAAGUCUCAAGAUAAGACCACUGGAGGAAUAAAUCCAGAACCUUGUCCAAUCUGUGCUCGGCAACUGGGGAAACAGUGGGCAGUACUGACCUGUGGGCACUGUUUUUGUAAUGAAUGCGUUGCCAUUAUCAUUGAGCAGUAUAGCGUGGGCACCCGCCGAAGCUCAAUUAAGUGUGCCAUCUGCCGACAGACAACUUCACAUAAAGAAAUCUCCUAUGUCUUCACUGCAGAGACUGCAAACCAGGAAGAGGAUAUUCCUGUGAAGGGUAGCCAUUCUACAAAAGUAGAAGCUGUGGUUCGAACUCUGAAGAGAAUCCAGUUUAAAAACCCAGGUGCCAAAUCACUCGUCUUCUCAACGUGGCAAGAUGUGCUGGACAUUAUUUCAAAAGCUCUGUAUGAUAACAACAUGGUGUUUUCACAAAUCAAUGGAAUUCACAGAUUUCAGGAAAACCUCUCAGCAUUUAAAUAUGAUCCCAAGAUCAAUAUUUUGCUGCUUCCCCUGCACACAGGUUCCAAUGGUUUAAAUAUCAUUGAAGCAACUCAUGUUCUUCUAGUGGAACCUAUUUUGAACCCUGCGCAUGAGCUUCAGGCUAUUGGAAGAGUACACCGAAUUGGACAAACAAAGCCUACCAUUGUUCACAGAUUCCUAAUUAAAGCAACUAUUGAAGAAAGAAUGCAGGCAAUGUUGAAAACGGCUGAGAGGAGCCAUACUAGCUCAUCAUUGAAGCAGUCAGAGGCUUCAGUCUUGACAGUGGCUGAUCUUGCGGACCUAUUUUCUGAAGAAACUGAAGACCUUGAAUGAAUCAUACUUAACAUACGUUUGAACUCAGAAACUUUCGUGUAUUCACAGUCUUUAAAAAUAGAUUUUAGUGCAAGUGAAGUCACAAGUCAUAUAUUCCAGUAGAUGUCACCCAGUUCUAUUCUUAUGAUAGAUAAAUGCUUCUUUUGGGGGAUUUACACCAUUUUCUUGUGGUUGGUGAAUCCUUUUCAAAUCCAUACGAAAUAUAAAGUCCUCUAGUACUAUACAUAAAAUUCCAUUUUGGUCCCAAAGAAUAUUAGUGUAUAAUUUUGAAGGAGGGGGUCACACUAUGCUUUUCUUUUCAUUCUGAUUAGUUAGAAUAAGGGGAAAGCUACAAAACUAACGAGCAAACUAAUUUUUCUAGUUUUAAAUUGGCCUAGAAUUGAGUCAACAUAAAUGUUCUUUUAGGCAGGAAGAGAUUCUAGUAUCUUUAUUAUGCUACUCACCAAUCUUCCUCUUAGUAGUAUUUUAAAUAAGUGGUAAAUUAUCCUAAUUACUAGUAUUUAAGUGGAUUUAAAAUGUAACUUAUAUAGAAAUUGCACAGUAAUUUCAUAUGAACAGAACUCUUCGCACGAAGUUGCUCAUGUUGAGUUUUUCCUUUUAUAUAUAUAUAUAUGUAUAUAUAUAUGUAUAUCUUCCUCUUAAAAAUCAAAACACUGAAAUCCAAGUAUUUUACACAUUUUUACAACCCCUUAAAUAAGCCAUGUUGUUUAUGCUGACUUAUAAGAAUUUAA